CUCAGUAGCUCGCUGCUAUCGGCAAGCCUAGCCUAGUUUCUUUUGACUUUGCCCUCUGUCUUGUUUUUUUCGGUUAAAAUACAUCGAUUCCAAGACUGUAUUCUUUUCAGAACUCUCUAUCAUAAAGACCUGCAUAGUGUCAUGUUGUGUUCUCAUUAUCAUGUUCGCCCUUUAUUCGAGAGGUGCUUGAUAAGUCUCAGGAGAUGUGGUGGUCGCGCUGUACACGCGAGUAAAUCAGCAGACUGUCCAAAGGGAAACAAUUCAAGAAUUAUGAAGACAGCUGAUACCAACUCCUUGUUGCCGAACUUAUCGAAUUUCCGACACUGUGGAUCUCGUCAUAGUCACAGUCUCAGUGCCCACAUCACUACAAAUUUGGUCCGCGAGUUCCAUGGCAGUUUCUCUUUAAACUCAUCUUCAUUAUCCCCAAACGACCUGAAAAAAGCAAUGCAGUCUCUGACAGAUCAGUUUAUGGAAGCAAGAGAACUUUUGGAUGAUGCGCGUGAAAGCAUGGGUACUGUAUACUUUUCAGACGAUAUGAGUGAUGCCCAAGCUGCUGUAUCAGACACUUUAGUGGAGUACAAACAACUUUUGUCACAGUUAUCUGCAGACCAGAGGCAAGAGGUUUUGAAAACCAUUGGUUUACGAAUGGAGGAAUUGAAAGCUCAGGAACAAGCUAUCAAAGAAGCCCUACAUGAUGAUCACUAAAGAUGUCAUAUAAAUUGUAACCUAUAUUUUAGAUAAUAUGUACUUGAAUGUGAAACAUGGUGAAGUUGUUAUUGGCCCUUUUUUUAUCUUAGUGACUCAAAUUUCUAUCUUAAAUUGAUUAACCUCUUCGUUACCUGAAGAUGUAUGGUAUAGUAUGUCACGAAAAUGCUCAGUUUUUUGGGCUAUUGCCUUUCCGUGGACAUCACGGAAAUCAGCAAAAUUUUGCGUUCCUGGUUGCCUUCAAAAGACUUACUUCCCACAAAUUAUCUGGCUACUGUAAUUCUUCUGAGCGGAGAUUUAGCCGCAUGCACAGUGUGGAUUCAUAUUCAGGAAACAGAAAUGCCCCUACCGGUACCUAACUUACUAGUAUUAUUACUUUACGGGUAUGCUUACAAAUGAUUGAUAAACACAGGUCUAGUCUUCUAGACAACAAUGUGCUUCCAGACAGCCAGUCCACUGAAACUGAGACUGGUGAAAUAACUGUAGUGGGCAACGAGUUUAGAUAAAAAUCUGUGUGUACAGUACAGUAGGAAUGUACAUCCUCUGGCAACGAAGGGGUAAAGGUUUCUUAUUUUACAUAUGUACAGAAGUCUUCACCUAAGAUCCCACAGUUUAUGAUCAGGAUUAACUUAAGAUCCCAUGCUUUGAGAAAACGAAAUUUUUACUACACAAAAGUUAUCGCUAAGGUCUCUUGCUCCAAAGGGACUCAAUUUAGCUAAGAUCCUGCUUUUCAGGU